GUCAUAAUAAAGUGUUUGCUUUUCGAGACUAUGGUAUAUGGGGCAAUGGAUACAGCGGGGAUCACAAUAUAGGGUAAACUCAGCGCACACAAGAACGUAUGAACGUUUAUUCCAUCCCUUCUUACUACCCUGACUGACUUACUGGCACCCCCCAUACCCACAAGCGUAAAGUAUGUCGGCCGCAAAACGUACAAGCGUAGCCGCAGGGCUUCCUGCCGAUUUCCCCACCUCACAAACACGAAGAAAAACUAUCCACGACGACAGUGAUGAUACCUUUUUCGAAGCGGAUGAAGUCACUCAACGCGAAACCCAGUACUUAACCUUGGACGCCCUACCCCCAGACACAACCAGUUUAUUACGGAUUGAAUCAUUAGACGAUGAUCCCCUGCGUCAAUUCGCACACUUCUACGACGUGCGUGCACAGACCAAGAAAGGCCUAGCUUUCAUGACACUCAGCACUGUGGGAGAAAACGGGAGACCGACCGCGAGGACAGUAGUCCUGCAGGGUUUUGACAGCGAAGGGUUUCUGUUCUACACGUGUCAGAAAAGUCUGAAGGGGCAGAACAUUGCACAGAAUCCGUUUGCCGCGCUUGUAUUCUGGUGGCCCAGUAUGUACUUACAAACUCGGGUGGAAGGAUAUGUAAAGAUCGCCACAAAGCCGGAAUCAAAGUUCUGUUGUGAGAAGUAUCCUCCGAAUAUGUGUGUCAUGGCCAAGGCUUUCAGGCAGGGGACGAUAUUGACUGACAGAGCGUUGUUCGUAGACCGAGUGCAAAAGACCUGGUUGGAACACCCCGACCACGACAUCCCAGCAGAGAACUGGACAGCUUACAAAGUGAUCCCCGAUAAAAUUGAAUUCUGGAAUGGGGCCACGGUGGAAGAAAUUUCUUGUCGCAGCGCCAUAACUCAAGCUUGCUGCAGAUAUUAA